AUGUCAAACCAGAUCGCAUCCCCCGUUGUCGACGCGACGGGAAAGACUAAAUUACGUGCUGCGCUUGAACGAGCGAAGAGACGUGAAGGUCCCUGUGUUGGACAACGGCUUGAGCUGCCUGGAUACACGUUGGCCAAGACUCUGGCCACCUUGGGCGAAGACUGGGUUCUCAUCGAUGCCGAGCAUGGUAACAUUGACGAUAGUGGCAUGUACCUCCAGGUUGCAGCCGUGUCUACGUCAGGUGUAUCGCCGAUUGUCAGAGUACCCGCGUCAGAGGCGUGGAUGCUAAAACGGGCAUUGGAUUGUGGAGCGCAUGCGAUUAUGGUUCCUAUGUGCGAGACAGCGGAGCAAGCACAAGCCAUUGUGCAUGCUUGCAAGUAUCCCUCGUCCAAGUGGCCACAAGGCGUCCGCGGUACAGGAGCCAUGCACGCCCAUACCGCCUUUAACCAGACUGGCCGGGAUUACCUGUUAACUGCAAACGACAAUGUCAUGAUCUGUGUACAGAUCGAGAGCAGGCGCGAAGUCGAGAAUGUCGAAGAGAUUGCUGCUGUCAACGGCAUUGACAUGCUCUUCAUCGGUCCCAACGAUCUAGCCUCAUCCCUGGGAUACGUUGCGUUUGACCAUGCGACAACGCCCGAGGUUCAGGAAGCAUCGGCGCGGAUCUUGAAAGCUGGCUUGGCGGCUGGCAAAUAUGUCGGGCAUUUUGCCUUGAGCGCCGAGGCGGCUGCAGCCAAGUACAGGGAGGGUUUCCACUUUGUCAACUGCGGGGCAGACAUUGUGGCCAUAACCAGCUGGACGAGCAAUGAAACGGCCAAGUUGAAGGCCUUGCUCGCAACAAAGGAUGUCAAUGGGACUAAGUAA